UCGACUCUUUUAGACUCCCAUGCGGCUUGUUUCUAGCAACAUCCAGAGACCAGACUAUGCAGAUCAUCCUUUGGCUGCAGAGGUUGGGUUGUUGGCAGGAAUGUCAGAGUCAGAGCAGACCAUGAAAGGGACGUCUCAGAUUAAGAUCCUCAAUGCUGAAGAGAUUGAGGGCAUGAGAGUUGUCUGCAAGCUGGCUCAGAGAGUCCUCGACAUUGCUGCCAUGAUGGUGAAACCUGGAGUGACGACAGAGGAGAUUGACCAUGCUGUGCAUUUGGCAUGUACAGCGAGGACCUGCUACCCACCUCUGAACUACUACAACUUUCCCAAGUCCUGCUGCACCUCUGUUAAUGAAGUCAUCUGUCAUGGGAUUCCUGACCGCCGCCUCCAGGAGGGGGACAUACUGAACAUCGACAUAACAGUUUACCACAAUGGCUACCAUGGAGAUUUGAACGAAACCUUUUUUGUGGGUGAAGUGGAUGAGGGAGCCAAAAAAUUGGUUCAGACCACUUAUGAAUGUCUUAUGCAAGCCAUCGACUCUGUGAAGCCUGGUAUCCGCUAUCGUGAGCUGGGAAACAUCAUCCAGAAACACGCGCAGGCUAACGGUUUCUCUGUGGUACGGAGCUACUGUGGCCACGGGAUUCACAAACUGUUCCACACGGCACCAAACGUACCGCACUAUGCCAAGAAUAAAGCAGUAGGAGUGAUGAAACCUGGUCAUGUCUUUACCAUUGAGCCCAUGAUCUGUGAAGGUGGCUGGCAGGAUGAGACAUGGCCAGAUGGUUGGACUGCAGUCACUCGUGAUGGUAAACGCUCAGCCCAGUUUGAGCACACACACUUCGUGACAGAGACAGGCUGCGAAAUCCUCACGCGUCGCCUGGAGGAUAAUGGCCGUGCUCACUUCCUGUCCCAAAUGUAGAACGGUGGGGUCAUAUCAGCCCUAUUCUGCAGUGGAGGAUACAACAGCUCCGCCCCAUAUCACCAAUCAGCCAAUCACACAGUGGUUCUCUGUUGGGCAGGAGAUGAUUGGCCACGUUAGCCGUGACAGUGGAUUUGGGCAAGAGAUGGAGAUUUGUUAACUUCUGAAUGUGUCACCUGACAGUCACAUUAAUCAGCUUGGAUCUGAGUAAAUUCAAAGGCGCUGGCCUUUAACCUGGUUUACAGUGCCGCCACACUCUGUCUUAACGGCAGAGGUGU